AUGUUUUGGCUGCUUGGCGCUCUUGCGUUAGUUUUAAACGCCGUAAUAGCGUGGUCGCCUACAAACGGCUACGCUCCUGGAAAUGUCAGCUGUGACGACAACAUCAACCUGGUGCGUGAAGCCACCGGCCUGUCAGCCAACGAGACAGCGUGGUUGGAAAAAAGAGAUGCGUACACCAAAGACUCUCUCAAGGAUUUUCUAGAUCGAGCCACGGCAAAUUUUACCAACUCUUCGUUCGUCGACAGCCUAUGGAACACCGGCAAAAUUCCCAAGCUGGGUGUGGGUUGUUCCGGAGGUGGCUACAGGGCCAUGUUAAGCGGUGCCGGUAUGCUUUCGGCUUUGGAUAACAGAACCGAUGGAGCAAACGAGCACGGUCUCGGUGGGGUUUUGCAGGCUGCUACGUAUCUUGCCGGUCUUUCCGGCGGUAACUGGCUCGUGGGGUCGCUGGCCUGGAAUAAUUGGACAUCUGUGCAACAGGUUAUCGAUAACAGGGGACAGGACGACGAGCUGUGGGAUAUCAGCAACUCUCUUUUGAAUCCAGGCGGAAUCAAUAUUCUGUCUAGUGCGUCUCGUUGGGACCAAAUCUCAGAUGCGGUCGAAGCAAAACAAGAUGCAGGAUUCAAUGCUUCGCUCACCGAUGUUUGGGGCCGCGCUUUGUCAUAUGAGUUUUUCCCUACUCUUUACAGGGGAGGUGAGGGCUAUACUUGGUCCACUUUGAGAGAUUCCGACGUUUUCAAAAACGCAGAGAUGCCAUUCCCUAUUUCGGUUGCCGACGGUAGAUAUCCCGGUACUCAAAUUGUCGACCUCAACUCGACUGUUUUCGAAUUCAAUCCUUUUGAGAUGGGUUCUUGGGAUCCUUCCUUGAAUGCCUUCACUGACGUCAAGUACCUAGGUACCAACGUUACGAACGGAACUCCUGUCACGCAGGGCAAAUGUGUAGCCGGUUUUGACAAUGCAGGGUUUAUUAUGGGCACGUCUUCUUCCUUGUUCAAUCAGUUUCUGUUGCAAUUAAACACUACCGGUUUAAGUUCAUUUAUUAAGGGAUUUGUUGGAGACUUUUUGCAAGAUCUGUCCAACGAUUCUGACGAUAUUGCAAUUUACAAUCCAAACCCCUUUAAGGACACCCACUUUGUCAGUUCAAACCACUCUCAGAGUAUCGUCACCGCAGAGAACUUGUACUUGGUAGAUGGUGGUGAGGAUGGAGAGAAUAUUCCGUUUUUACCACUGCUGCAAAAAGAUAGAGAUUUGGACGUUAUUUUCGCGUUAGACAAUAGUGCUGAUACCGAUCAAUACUGGCCCGCAGGUCUUUCAUUGAUUUCAACGUACGAGCGUCAAUUUGGUUCAUUAGGCAAGGAUCUUGCAUUCCCAUAUGUUCCAGAUGUCGAUACUUUUGUGAACAGUGGCUUAAACACUAAACCUACUUUCUUUGGGUGCGAUGCAACAAAUCUGACAGGCCUAGCAUACACACCACCUCUGAUUGUGUACAUGCCAAACAACAGACAAUCGUACAACUCAAAUACAAGUACUUUCAAGAUGUCGUACAGCUCUGAUCAGCGUAUGAAGAUGUUUCAAAACGGAUUCGAGGCCAUCACUAGAAACAACUUGACAGACGACUCUGCAUUCACGGGCUGUGUCGCCUGCGCUAUAAUGAAGCGGAAACAAGAGUCAUUAAAUAUGACACUACCCGAAGAAUGUACUCAAUGCUUCAAGGACUACUGUUGGGAUGGUAAAUUGGCUACAAAGAGCUCUAAUGUCACAACUUUGGGCACUUACAGCGGCUCAAUCUCUUUUGUCACUGACUCGGCAUCUUCUUCUUCUACGGCUUCCAGUACCAGUAAGAAGAACAAUGCGGUUGCUUUAUCACAAAGCUACUCCAUGAACUGGUACGUUGCAUUCGCAGCUAUACUAGGCGUAACGCUCGGGCUCCUCUGA